AUGGAUGUGUAUGAUGAAAAUCGAUUCAGGCGCCCUCGCCGUUGCUUCGCCGCCACCGUCGAAAGACAGACAGACGGAAUUCGCGAUCAGCUUUGCGAUGCGAUUGAAGAACGGCGAUUUAGAGUUCGUCUUCAACCUUGUUUAGCGACUGCUUUCGAUUCUGAUGCGAUGAAUUGUACAAGAACUUGUCGUUCUCUCGCUAGAGUUUUAAAAUCGAACGCAAAAGUAAACAAAUGUGGCAAUGACUGGAAUGAUCUUCAUGGAAAUGAAAGGAAUAUUACCAAUGGAUUUCAUCGAUACUUAGGAUCUGGUUCAAAAGAGUUGGGAAAUCAGGAAAAAUGGUCCUUGGUUAGAAAUAUGCAACCUGCUAUCAAUUUAUCUAGGCAAUAUGGAAAAACUUCAGGAAAUGAAUUAAACUUGGAUAGGGACUUUAUAGUUCAGCUAUGGAUGCAAGAUAUGAAGAUGAAAAAAGAAAAAGAGAUGAAGAGGAGGAAGUUUAUUAGAUGUGUAAAGAAUGAACCUGAAAGGUUGUUUUCGGGAAGAUACUUAACAGAAGAAAAAUCGGAUUGGUUGCCUGUUAACCAUGGCACCAAUGUCUUGAAACCGACAUCUUCGGAGGAGGCUCGGGUUUUACCUCUUCUUGGAAGAUCUAUUUUGUUGAUUACUAGAGAUAUUGAAUGGGCUAAUCUUGCGUUUGGUAUUGAGCAGGAAAACCGGUAUGCUGUAAUUGACGUCUCUUAUCCUCAAUCGCCUGUUGGAUUUAUUCGUGAACAGAGCAAUUGGUUUGCAAGACAGACACUUCGUCUAAGACGCCCUUUUAUUGCUUACUUCACUGAUUCCACCAGUAAUGAGCUAUUUAGGGUUCGUAGGCCUUUUUGGUGGCUUACGAGCUCAAUUUAUACAGAAGUAGAUGGUAAGGAGAUUGGUGUUGUUCAUAGAAGGUGGCAUCUUUGGAAGAGAAUCUAUGACCUCUACUUGGGGAACAAGCAGUUUGCAGUGGUUGAGAAUCCUGGAUUUUGGAAUUGGACCUUUACAUUGAAGGACAUUAAUGGGCAAGUGUUGGCUGAGAUAGAUCGUAACUGGAGAGGAUUCGGUUUUGAGAUACUCACUGAUGCUGGUCAAUAUGUCAUACGAUUCGGGUCUACAUCUAAUGAUGUCAUGGAGAAGAAUCAAGAGUUGGAAGUAGUUCGGCCCUUGACCCUAUCAGAGAGGGCGGUUACUCUCGCACUUGCUGUCUCAUUGGAUAAUGAUUAUUUUUCCAGACAUGGUGGCUGGGGAAUUCCAUUUUUCGUUAUGGGUGAAUGAUUUCAUGUCUGGAACUUCAUUAGCAUGAUCAACAAAUCCGAUGAAAAGAAAACACAAACGCCGGUUAGUUGAUAUUGUGUUUUGCUAACAUGGUCUUAAGUGGUGGUAAACUGUAUUAGUAUCUCCUGAGAAUAAAUUUGUAAUAUUGUGUUCAAAAAUACAAAUCCAACAUUAUACUGGCCCUUAUUGAAUUUACAUUUUCUGGAUC